CAAGAAAACAAAAAAAAAUUGAAAAAUCCAAAAAACCCUACCCGCCUUCACCCACCUUCAACUCCCGCGCGACGUCGUCGACAAACGGUCAACUAUCCAAAAAACCAAAACAAGAGACAACUUGCCCUUGUUGUCUCUAUCUCCCGGUUGCUCAGCCUGCAGAACUGUCAACUCUGACUCGCCGAGCACUCUUCUUCUUCUCGUUCUCUUUCUGAACCAUCUUGUUUGAUACCCUACCCAGGAUUCAGUCAACCGUCGCAAUGGCCGCAAACACCACCUCCGCUGCUGUUGAUCAGCUCGCCAGCGAUCUCAACAACACCUCCCUCAAUGGCAGUGGCGAUGCCAAGGCUCCUGCCAUCGACACCUCCGUCAGCGCUGGUGCUGAGGAUGCCUCUGCUCCUACCCCCACCGCCGCUCCCCACCCCCAGAACUCGGCCUCUCUCUACGUCGGAGAGCUUGACCCCUCCGUCACCGAGGCCAUGCUCUUUGAGCUCUUCUCUCAGAUCGGUGCUGUGGCUUCCAUCCGUGUCUGCCGUGACGCUGUCACCCGCCGCUCUCUCGGUUACGCCUAUGUGAACUACAACUCCACUCCUGAUGGCGAGAAGGCCCUGGAGGAGCUCAACUACACCCUCAUCAAGGGCCGUCCCUGCCGCAUCAUGUGGUCGCAGCGUGACCCCGCUCUGCGCAAGACUGGCCAGGGCAACGUGUUCAUCAAGAACUUGGACGUUGCUAUUGAUAACAAGGCUCUCCAUGACACCUUCGCUGCCUUUGGCAACAUUCUCAGCUGCAAGGUUGCGCAGGACGAGAACGGAAACUCCAAGGGCUACGGAUUUGUUCACUACGAGACCGAUGAGGCCGCUGCUCAGGCCAUCAAGCACGUCAACGGCAUGCUGCUCAACGAGAAGAAGGUCUACGUCGGCUACCACAUUCCCAAGAAGGACCGUCAGAGCAAGUUUGAGGAGAUGAAGGCCAACUUCACCAACGUCUACGUCAAGAACAUUGCUCCUGAUGUCACCGACGAGGACUUCCGUCAGCUCUUUGAGAAGUUUGGUGACGUUACCUCGUCUUCUCUGGCUCGCGACCAGGAGGGCAAGACCCGUGGAUUUGGCUUCGUCAACUUCACCACCCACGAGGCUGCUUACAAGGCUGUUGAGGAGCUCAACGGCAAGGACUUCCGCGGUCAAGAUCUCUACGUUGGCCGUGCUCAGAAGAAGCAUGAGCGUGAGGAGGAGCUGCGAAAGUCUUAUGAGGCUGCGCGCCUUGAGAAGGCCAACAAGUACCAGGGCGUCAACCUGUACAUCAAGAACCUUGACGAUGAUGUGGAUGACGAGAAGCUCCGACAGAUGUUUGCCGAGUUUGGUCCCAUCACUUCUGCCAAGGUCAUGAGGGACGUUCCUCAGGAGGGUGAGGAGGAGACCAAGGACCAGGAGAAGGACAAGGAGAACCAGAAGGAGGGCGAGAAGGAGGCCGAGUCCGCCGAGGGCGCCGAGAAGAAGACUGAGAAGAAGUCGGACAAGAAGCUCGGUAAGAGCAAGGGCUUCGGCUUCGUCUGCUUUAGCAACCCCGACGAUGCCACCAAGGCCGUUGCCGAGAUGAACCAGCGCAUGAUCAACAACAAGCCUCUGUAUGUUGCCCUUGCCCAGCGCAAGGACGUCCGCAAGAGCCAGCUUGAGGCUAGCAUCCAGGCUCGCAACCAACUGCGGAUGCAGCAGGCCGCCGCGGCAGCUGGUAUGCCGCAGCAGUACAUGCAGCCCCCCGUUUUCUAUGCUCCUGGCCAGCAGCCCGGCUUCAUCCCCCAGGGUGGCCGCGGCAUUCCCUUCCCCCAGCCCGGCAUGCCCAUGCCCAACGUUCAGGGCGGUCGUCCUGGCCAGUUCCCUGGCUACCCUCAGCAGGGUGGUCGCAACAUGCCCCAGGGUCUUCCCCCCAACAUGUACAGCAUCCCCGGCCAGUUCCCCCCUCAGUUCGGACAGCCCGGAACCCCCCAGUUCAUGGCUGCCAUGCAGCAGGCUCAGCAGCAGGCUGCUGCUCUUGCUGGAGGCCGCGGCGGCGCUCCUCAGGGUGGCCGUGGCGCCAUGGCCGGCAUGCCUCCCAAUGUCCAGGGCGGAAUGCCCGGCUACCCCCCCAACAACCGCCAGAUGGGACGCAACAACAACGGCGGCAACGGCGGCAACAACGCUGGUCGCAACGGCAACUUCCCCAACCAGGCCCCUCGUGACAGCAACACCGCCUCUCUGCUGCAGAACCAGCUUGCCGCUGCCCAGCCUGCCCAGCAGAAGCAGAUCCUUGGUGAACUGAUCUUCCCCAAGAUCCAGGCCAUCAACUCUGAGCUUGCUGGCAAGAUCACCGGUAUGCUCCUGGAGAUGGACAACUCCGAGCUUGUCAACCUUAUCGAGGAUGAGGCUGCUCUCAAGGCCAAGGUCGACGAGGCGCUGGCCGUCUACGACGAGUACGUCAAGUCUCAGGCUACCGGCUCUGAGAAGAAGGAGGAGGAGACCAAGGCUUAAACAGCCCAGUCUCUUCUUCCUUUGACAACCAUUAUCGUUUCCUUUGUUGAUUCAAAAUUUAACCGCGGUGCGAGGCUGACAAGCCACCGAAUGAUACGUGGGAUGCAAUAUGAUAGCCACGGUUGCCUAGUCUAUUGCAUCAUGUAAGGAUAGACUUAUUUGCUACAUUUUCACGAGGUUGAACAAAAGUUGUGUGGUUUGGAAGGUGGUUUUACGGCAGCGGGAAGUCGCUUUGCCCACGCCGGGACGGAAUACGUCGCUGGCAGAAAAAAGAAAUCAGGCUCACCGGGAUGGCGUUGCGGGUUUUAUGAAGGCUGCCUCUGGGCUAUACCCCCAUGAUCAUGGUCCACUUUGACUGGCAAAAACAGGGAGGCAGGGGCUGAAACGGAUA